AUGAAGAAAAAACUGGAGAAGAUUCUUAGAAGGUUUAAAGUUUUUGAAAAAAGCAUAAAUAUCCUUGGUCUUACUAAUAAGGGUGUCGGUGAAAAACCAUCACCAAGACCACCAACAACAUCUUUGAUAGAAGAAUCAGAGUUCUAUGGCAGAAAUGGGGAUAAGGAAGCCAUAAUUAAGUUGUUGCUUAAAGAUGAUUAUAAAGGUAGCAAUAAGGUGUGUGUGAUUCCAAUAGUAGGCAUGGGUGGUAUUGGCGAAACCACCCUUGCUCAAUCAGUAUACAACAAUCACAAAGUUCAGAGGCACUUUAACCUCAGGUCAUGGGUUUAUGUUUCUGAGGAGUUUGACAUUUUCAAGGGCUUGAGGAGUAAGAUUAUUGCAACAACGCGCAGUGAAAAUGUUGCAAAGAUCAUGAGCACCAUUCCAACUCAUUAUCAGCUUAAGCAUUUGAAAGACGAAGAUUGUUGGCGACUGUUUAAAAAGCAUGCUUUUGACAAUAUUAAAGAUGAUUGUAGUCAAUCGAAGAUAAAUAAGAGAGUGGAAGACGUAGGUGAUGAAUAUUUUAAUGAGUUGGUUUCAACCUCAUUUUUACAAAGAUCAAGUGGACAAGAAUUAUUUGGCAUGCAUGAUCUUGUUCAUGAUUUAGCCAAAUAUGUAUCCAGGGGACAUUGUAUUAUAUCAAAUGAUGACAGCUCAAAAGAUUCCAUUGCAAAUGUGCAUCAUGCUUCCGUUAGAUAUAUGAGAUAUGAUUCUAUUUUUACUGAAGCAACCUGCUCAGCCACACUAGAAUUGAAAGACCGCAAAAAUCUAUUGGUAGAGAUGCCAAGGCAAAUGAGUAAAUUGAAAAGUCUCCAAACGUUGAUUGAUUUCAUUAUUGGAAAAGAUAAUGGGACCAACAUAGGAGAGUUGAGGGAGCUUUCAGAUCUUCAUGGCCAACUUUUUCUUAAGAAUUUAGAGAAUGUUGCAAAUGCAAGCGAUGCAUCAGAUGCCAAGUUGGUGGACAGGAAAUAUCUUGAAGCACUGCAUUUGGAUUGGAAAGGUGACGAUAAUGAUAAAAAAAAAUGA